CCGUCAGUAGAGCGGCGUCUAACGGGCAGCCUCCCCCGGCCAACAGCUGCGGCGCGCGGCUGGGAAAGCUGACAAGAGGUCGGUCAAAGAGUGAGUGGAGGAAAAAUACAGGGAGGCGAAAGGGAAAAAAAGCGCUUGACUGACAAAACGAAGCGGGGAGGAGAAAGUAAAGUACUGCUUGUUUUUUCGGUGGGGUUUGUACACUGUGGGAUAAAUCCUCCCGCCGAGCAACGCAAAGGACCAGUCGCGUUCCUGCUGCUGCUGCGGCGGCGCUCUCCCCUCCUCGGAGCGGCUCGAGCUCGGGAUAAGACGUGCGUGGAUGCCGCGGGGCUUCCUCAAACCGAGGCAGUUACAACACAAGGAGAAGGGACCUGGAUAAACAACAGGGAAACAGCGAGUCGGUGGGAACAAGACAGAUGUUUAUUAAGUGAGGUAGACCGCGGUGGGCUGUGGCGAACAACGGACCCGCGGAGCCGGAGAGCGGGAGAGGCGGGCGAGGAGGAGUCGCAGCAGGAGGAGAGAACCAAAAAAAUCCCCCAGCUUUCGCUGAGCCGGUUGGGACGACGCGUGCCAGGCUGCCGGUGUGAUUGAGAGGAGCGGGGAGAGGUACUACAAGCGCGGGUUGUCUGCGGACCGAGGAGGCGGCGAUGGCGGGCAGAGGGACCGGGGCACGCGCUCUCUGACAGCCGCCCGCAGCCCCGUCAGCAGCCCGCAAGCACCAUGAGCAGGAGGAGCUUGGAGACAGUAAACACAGAAGAGGUGACCCUCAUCGUAUCCUGAAGGAGUCUUUGUCUACAGUGCCAAGGCGGAGCCAGGAAGAAGCCUCCAUGGCCAGAGACUCAUCGCCUUCUUAGCUCCACCAGGAGCCCCUUCAACCCUCUGGCGAGCUGCACUGGGGGGCUCAAACGUUCCUCUGACUCCACCCGGGGCCUCACUGCAACCCAUCUGCCAGCUCAGAUAACCCUCUGACUGUUGGCCACCACAUGUUUGAGGCGACCGCGUGUAACCGCCGCCCAUUUCCCAGCAGCAGCCGCGGCUUCCUGCGACACAGAUCUGCACCAUGCAGUGGAGACGCCGCCACUGCGGUCCCAUCAAGAUGACCUGGACCGUCAAGCGCUCGCUCUUCCGGACCCACGUGGCCGGCCUCCUCUCGCUGGCUCUGCUCUUCACCCUCUUCUUAUUUUUCAGCCAGCAAGACUGGCGCAGCGGACCCCGGGAAAACCCGCUGGCCUACACCGUCAGGGGCCUCCGCAGCCCCAAGGGAGAAGCCAACCAGAGCAGCUCCCUCAGGAGCCUGUGGAGGGAGACGGGCUACGUGGCCCCGAAACCUCCGCUCAACCUCAGCUCUCAGCAGGCGGACGGGGCAGCGGGGGAGACAGCAGGAGGUGGAGGAGGGGCAGCAGGAGCCAGAAUGGGCGUAAUGGGGCUCGGGGACUCCAUGAGCGCUAACAACAGUUUACAGAAGGAGAUGGGUGUGGGGGGGAGGCUCAGCGCUCAGCCCUACCGCUACAUCCUGAACGAGCCUUCAAAGUGCAGGGACAGCGUGCCCUUCCUCGUCCUCCUCAUCGCUGCCGAACCGGGGCAGGCCGACGCCCGCAACGCCAUCCGCCAGACGUGGGGCAACGAGAGCAUAGCAAUGGGCCUGGGGUUCGUCCGUCUUUUCCUGCUCGGCACAGGGAAGAGCUCAGACACCUACCUCCAGAGCAGCAUAGAGGACGAGAGCCGCGUUCACCACGACAUCAUCCAGCAGGACUAUCAGGACACUUACUACAACCUGACCAUUAAAACCCUGAUGGGCAUGAACUGGGUGGCCACCCAUUGCCCACGCGCCUCCUAUGUGAUGAAGACAGACAGCGACAUGUUUGUCAACACAGAGUACCUCGUCCAAAAGCUGCUGAAGCCCGAGCUGCCUCCCAGGCAGAGGUACUUCACCGGCUACCUGAUGAGGGGCUACGCGCCCAACCGAAACAAGGACAGCAAGUGGUACAUGCCGCCCGAGCUGUACCCGAGCGAGCGCUACCCCAUAUUCUGCUCCGGCACGGGGUACGUGUUCUCGGGGGACAUGGCCGAGCUGAUCUACCAGGCCUCGCUCAGCAUACGCAGGCUGCACCUGGAGGACGUUUACGUGGGGAUCUGCCUGGCGAAGCUGCGCGUGGACCCGGCGCCGCCCCCCAACGAGUUCCUCUUCAACCACUGGCGGGUGUCUUACUCCGGUUGCAAGUACAGCCACCUGAUCACAUCGCAUCAGUUCCAGCCCAACGAACUCAUCAAGUACUGGAACCACUUGCAGAGCAACAAGCACAACGCCUGCAUCAACGGGGCCAAGGAAAAGAACGGCAGGUACAGACACCGGAAGUUUCACGGGGAGAGGCCUCCUUGAUGCCACCUGUGACGACCACCCGCCUCGAAAGAAGGGAGGCGGGCGCACUGUAACUACAGCCGAAGGAGGGCAUAUUGAACUCAGCACUAUACACUAUAUGGGGGAAAGCACAUUGAUUUUGGUAUUGGGUACAGUUGAUCCGAACUAUUUUUUUAAGUUGAGAAAAAAAAAAAAGUUGAGUAUUGUAAACUUGUUAAGCUGUUUCUAAGAGGUUGGGGAAGAGGUUUGCCAUGUAGAGCUCGCACAAAAAAGUGCUGCUGCUCAAGCGUUUAUGAUACUUCAGGUGACAACAGAAAAGUUUCAAUACAUGUUACAGUUAUUGUGAGGGCUCUUCCUGGGAGGGUAGUACGCUAUGUCGCACUCUUCAAAUCGAAAGGAAAAAAAAUGAAGACACAAUUGUGUUUACACAAAGGGAAAUGCACAUGUAUUUUGUUGACAUCUACACUACCUAAAUAUGAAUGAUCUUUGACGUUGAUCAGUUAUGCUGCCCUGUUUCUCGGUGUUUGCUUUACAGAUUUAUUAAAGAAUACACACUAAAGAAAAGGUUUAUCCGUCAUAUACUGUGUUUUGUUCUUAAAAAAAUUACAUGAAAACACUCAUGACACGUCAGAUAUGACUGAGAUUGUAUUUUUUAAAGCUUUACAUUACGAGUGUUACUGCACCUGAACAAAUGUGCAACAAAUUAAUUAACAAUUAAAUGUACUGAACUCA